AUGGCGGAGUUGAAUCAGAAUAUACAAAAAUACUGCUCCAGUGCAACAGAAGAAGAAGCUGCAAAUAACCAAGCGGAUUUCAAUAUCUGCAUGUAUUUCACAGCAUUGCUGCAAUUUCCACAGCAGUUGAGAUUCUUGGCACUAAGACAUUCAUGCUAUCCUGCUGGUAGCUGGAAGCCGAAUGACGACAAGACUCCGGAAGAAGCUAUUGCAUCUGUGGCACCACAUUUAUCUAGUUUUGUGCAGAGGGCACCGUUGGAUGAAGUGACUGGCGUGGCGUCCUUGUACUCACAUAGGUUAUACAUUGAACUUCACUAUGCCAUGGGUUCUCCAUCUCUUCAAAUGUUGUUAUCAAAAUUGUUCCACACCCACGAACGCCUUUCAGAUAAGAAUGGAAUGGCAAACUGCAAACUGAUUGAGGGCGACAGUCUAUGUUCUCCUCCAUUUACAAGCCCAGUGAUCCAGAAUCUCAUUCCGAUACCCACCUGCCAUGCCUGUGGGGAUAGCACUAUCUGGGACGGGCCUGAAGCAAAUAUUCUACUCAAGAACUCGGAAGAUGCCUUUCGCUGCUAUCAGGAAGCACUUGAACUUUUCGAAGCAUCGAACAGCCCUCGAGGGCAAGCUGCCGUUCAUCUUCGUCUAGCCGGUAUAAAGCAUGCCAAAUCCUGCACUUAUGAUUUUACAGAUACCGAAAGAUCAACUCUCCUACAGAAGGCAAGCGAGCACUUGGACAAGUCAUUAGUACUGUUCGACCUGGAUGAGUCAAACGUACAAAUCGUUAAAGCAAGUCAGAUUCUCAUCGAAAUCUCCAAGGGACAAACGAACAUGGCAGAACAACGAAAACGUGCAGGCGAAAUAGGCAAAUGGGGGCGCGAGUGUCGAAAUGAACUCGUGUCAUAUCAUAUCGGUAUGGUAAUGAUACGAUUUGCACGGCGCGAAUGGGGGAAAUACUCUCGAUUUGACACCGCUAACGCCUGUUAUGAAUGUGCUUAUGAAUGUUGUGCACAGCUCGGAGCUCUCGUCCCAGCUUUCAUAGCUCUCUUCUGCAGGGUGGGGCUGCAGAAUGAAAUGAGUAAUAUUGCUGCCACCGCAGUGUUGGUGGACCAAUGCCUUAUAAUGUUUGACAGUGUUGUAGAAAGCUUGAAUGAACGAAUUCGAGUUGCCAAUACUGAAACACCCAUUGGGAAAGUCGACCGCCAGCAUAUGUUGACUCGGAAAUACGAGUUCAUAUCUACAUUCAACCAUAGUGUCACCCAUAUUCUUGCAAAUAGGGAGUCGCUUGAUAAUCUGGAAAAUUAUCGAAAAUGGCAAGAGAAAUUCCGCUGGUAUGAGCAAAGCGAUGAGAGCUUCGCAUUUCUCAGAAGAGAAGCUCCUGACGAACAAGAUACAAGACGCUCUGAUAUUGCGAAGCAAAUUUUUGGUCAAUCACUUGAUGAUAUACUUGAUGUCUUUGCUCUUGGUAAUGCCAUCUCAGACAAAUUCUGGACAGCAGAUAUGGAAUACAACCAAGCUAUAACUGAUGGCAAUCUGGACAGUGCCGAGACUUCCAUGCAUGAAUUCAUCAGGACUGCGCAAAGAUAUGAGAGAACAUACACGCAAUACAUGUUCCAAAUUAUUGCAUACGGCCGAAUAGGCGAAGUCUCGAAAGCGCGCGAGGUACUGGAUUCGGUGACUGAUUCGGAACUGUUCAACGACAAACUUGAAGAGUUCCUGGCAGGUAGAAAUAUCGACAUGUUCUUCCCCUCUUUGGCAAAUAAUGCAAUCGUCGUAUGUAUGAUUGCCAUGGACUGGGAACGAGGUUUGAGAGUUCUAGACCUCAUCUUGAAGAUUCGACCCAAUUGUUUUGACGAAUCACCCGGUGAAACUCCGAUUGAUUUGUCAAUAAGACAGGUCAAUGCGGCUACUGUUUAUUUCAAGGGGUCUCACCCAGAAACGGCAUUUCAACUGUUGCUCAAGGCAAGGAGCCUUAUUGAGCUGCGUCGUAACCAAGCCAGCGAUGCUGACGUCAAAGUGGGAGUUUUAUCGAAAGGUCUUGUUGAAACCUUUCUGCAAUUGGUGGCCGUAUGCUUACGAUGUGCUAAACUCAAUCUACCUACAAGCAUCCUUAACUCAUAUGACCAUGGCCAUCCACAGGUGACCUGGGAAGAGCAUGCGCUACUUUUCAUGGAAGAAGCACGAGCGAGGUCUCUGAUUGAUGCGCUGCUUUCAUCAGCGGAGCAGCAAUCGAAUGAGAAAAAGAAGAAGAGAAUGUCGGAGAGCAUUUACAAACGCCGAGCCCUAACCCAUCUCCAAUCCAUCCAUAAGCGAACAGUAGAGCAGCACAAAGAGCUGGAGGAGCUUACCAAGGAAGUCGAACGUUUAGAUAUCGGUACUUGGUCAUCCUCAGCGAAUGAUCUCAUGGACACCAUGAAUUCAACGAUUUCUCCGAGCGACCUGUUUGGGUACAUCAAAGAUGAUGUGGUUGUGAUUGAGGCGAGUUUUAACAGGUUUGGAUGCAUCCUAAUGGCUAUUACCAAUAAGGGCAUACAAGAAUACGAGAGUAACCCUAUCCGCGAUGUAGACAUCAGGAAAUGGGCAAUGGAACUAAUGCAAAUCAUGCGAGAUAUGAGUGGACUACAUGAGCCCGAAGAGGAAGCUCGCAAAUCCAGAAUGGAGGAACUCUCGAAAUAUAUUUCGGGGGUUCUAGUAACGCCUUUUGCUGCUAUCAUCCGAGAGAAGAGUCAUAUCAUAUUCUCCCUGUCCCAACCCUUGACUGCGUUCCCUGUCUCAGCACUGGUAUUUGAUGGGAAGCCUCUAGUUUUGCAUGCAGCUGUCUCACAGACGCCGAGCUUGACUGCUCUUUAUCAUCUGUCGAGACGACGUGCGGAAUCGGCUGUGCCGACAGUUUCAGUGUUUACCAAAGCCUUGUCUGGUGAUCCACAAGGUACUGAUCGGGCUAAUGAAGAGACAUUUCUUCCGAUGGCGGGUGUUGAAGCGAUAAGUAUUUCUAAUAUGUUCUCAACUUGGCCCAUUGAGGCAUCAAACCUCUCUCGUGCUCAAUUCCGUGAUUAUAUCCAAGGACAAACCUCGAUUCUUCACAUUGGAACACAUGGAACUGUCAAUCACGGAAGUCCACUUCUGUCGUCCAUCUCUAUUGGAGAAGAUUUUCGAGUUAUUGAUAUGUCACCAAUCCAGAGCCGUGCAAACCUGAUAGUGUUCGCAGCUUGUCUCAGUGGUUUGGGGCGAGCUACUGCUGGAAACGACGUUUUGGGAUUCACUCAUGUCGUGUUGGGUACUGGCUGUCAAGCUUACAUCGGAACGCUCUUUGAGGUCAGUGAUUUUGCCUCCAUGGUCUUGAUGACCUUGUUCUAUCGACAGAUCAAGGAAACGCCGAGCUUGUCCUUGGCUGAAGCCCUACGUAAUGCCCAAGUGGAAUUCAUGCAUUUUGAUACUGAACAAGCCACUGCUUUUCUGGACCGAUUGCUCGAGGCUUGGGACGCAAUUUCUUCUGAGAUGAGUGCUAGCACUGGCGCCGUUAAGAGUCCAGAGGAGUUUGUGCCUGAUGGCAGAUAUUUACUGACGUUGCAGAAGAUGAUGCUGCCUCAGAUUGAUUGGACUAGUCCUAUAUUCUGGGCCUCGUUUGCGUUGAUGGGAUACGGCGAUUUUUGCUUCAGCCACCCCGAUUGA